AUGCUCCCCGAAGAGACACCUCCAAGAUGGCAGCGCGUGCUCCGUGAGCGUGGAAUCGACCUCGCGUGGAUUGACGAGUUCUCCCGUUCACCAAUCGCCGAUCUGUCUCUUGGAAAACGUGUAGGCACGUUCAUGGACCCUACGUUCACUCGCUGGAUGAACCAUAUCCCAUGCAUGAUCAAGGCCAACCUCCCCAUUACGAUUAAUGAGGUACGAAUGAAUCGUUCUUUAUGGGGUGGGCUCAGACUGCGACGCGCGACACACGGAAAAUGCUAG